AUGAUACUUCCAAAUUGGGAAUUGGAAGAUACACAUGAUGAUGUGGGUGAGGGUAAGGGUGAGGGUGAAGGUAGGGGUGAAGGUGGGGGUGAGGAUGAGGGUGAGGGUGAAGGAAGAAAUAUAAGAGGUCUUAGAUACGUAGCUUCUCGUGGACGUCCAAGGUUGAAUAGAUAUAGAGGGCGAAUUGAUUCAUACUUUAGAAGUUCACAAACGGGUGGUAGAAGUGGAGUUAGAGGUAAUAUUAGGGGUAGAAGUGGUGGUAGAGGUAGUGGUAGAGGUGUUGGUAGAAGUGGUGGUAGAGGUGGUGGUAGAGACCAUGGUAGCGGUGGUGGAAAUACUGAGCAAGAGGAAGGAAUUGAGAUAAAGAGUGGAAGGGGCUACUGGAAAGUGAAAUGGAUGCAUGAAGGGGUGGAAGGGGCUGCUAGGAUGUGUAAUGUCCGCAUGGAAGAGCGGAUAUGA